GGUUAUUAUUGCGAUCAGAGGGCUUAGAUAUUAGUUGGGCGGUGGUAUGUGAAGUUUUAGGUAGUGAUUUUGGCGAAAGACCAGAGAUUGUGCUUGAAAUUGAUACGAAAGAUGGCCAAGAGGGACUGGUGAAAGGAGUAGUACGGUCUAUUCUGGAAAAAGAGAUAAGAAAUGCGAAAGUUAGUUUAUCUAUGGAAGUAUUUAAAACCGGAUCUGUGCUUGGGUUGGUUGUAGCUGCAGUUAGUGAGAUUCUGCAGAGGUUAGAGAUUAAAGCGGAGUAUCGGGUGGAGGAGGAAGAGAGUCGAGGCAGGACUAAGCUGGGUAUAUGGAAAGACCAGCAGGAUUUAGUUUGGAGCAGUACAUUAUUCAACUAG